UCAGCGGCGUGGCACUGUCUGCGGGGCGGGGCCUUGGGGUCGUACAGGAAAAGAUAAAGAAAGCGAGGACAUCUGAAACAAAAACGAUGGCUGCAAUUCGUAAGAAGCUUGUAAUCGUUGGGGAUGGAGCAUGUGGAAAGACAUGUUUACUCAUCGUUUUCAGUAAAGACCAGUUUCCUGAGGUCUACGUACCCACAGUGUUCGAGAACUAUGUUGCUGAUAUUGAGGUGGACAGCAAACAGGUGGAACUGGCUCUAUGGGAUACAGCUGGACAAGAGGACUACGACAGGCUGAGGCCCUUGUCCUACCCAGACACUGAUGUCAUCCUCAUGUGCUUUUCCAUAGACAGCCCUGACAGUUUGGAGAAUAUUCCAGAAAAAUGGACGCCGGAGGUAAAACAUUUCUGUCCGAAUGUUCCAAUAAUUCUGGUGGGUAAUAAAAAAGAUUUACGGAAUGAUGAUCACACUCGACGGGAGCUGCAGAAGAUGAAACAGGAACCAGUUAAACCAGAAGAAGGGCGAGACAUGGCAAAUCGCAUCAAUGCCUUCGGCUACCUUGAGUGUUCGGCUAAAACUAAGGAGGGCGUGAGGGAAGUGUUCGAAAUGGCCACAAGAGCGGCGCUCCAAGCCAAAAAACGUGGCAAGAAGAAUCCCUGCACCUUGCUAUAGAGAACGUGAGAGGAAAAAGAAAAGAACGAGGGAGGGAAAGGGGUAACCAAACUAGGCCAAGGAAAAUGAAAGAGCUAUAAAAGUUCGCAAAUAGAGGGAAGAAACGCCCCUAGUGUUAAUUAUGUACUCGGGGGUCAGGGAGGGUCAUUUUCAAUCCAGGCCAAAGGAAACUACAGAA